AUGCCGGGAGCGCGCAGUGGCGGCAGCGGCAGCAGCAGCGGCGGCGGCGGCGGCGACGGCGGCGGCAGUAACCGCGGCGACUCCGGCGGGGACGCGGGCGGGGCGGUGACCGUGUGGGAAGUGGUGUCACUCUUAGGGAAAUUGUUCGGCACCGUCGCCGCGCUGAAGGCGCUUCUGUACCUGCUCCGGGUGUGCCUCGCGAUGGCCUGGAAAUCCGGCGGCGCCAGCCACUCGGAGCUGAUCCACAAUCUCCGCAAAAAUGGAAUCAUCAAGACAGAUAAAGUAUUUGAAGUAAUGUUGGCCACAGACCGCUCCCACUAUGCAAAAUCUAACCCUUACAUGGAUUCGCCGCAAUCAAUAGGUUUCCAAGCAACAAUCAGUGCUCCACACAUGCACGCGUACGCGCUAGAACUCCUCGCUGACCAGUUGCAUGAAGGGGCGAAAGCUCUUGAUGUAGGAUCUGGAAGUGGAAUCCUCACGGCCUGUUUUGCACGUAUGGUUGGCUCUACUGGAAAAGUGAUAGGAAUUGACCAUAUUAAAGAGUUGGUAGAUGACUCGAUCAAUAACGUCCGAAAGGAUGACCCUGCGCUUUUGUCUUCAGGGAGAGUGAAGCUGGUCGUGGGGGAUGGAAGACUGGGAUAUGCCGAAGAAGCCCCUUAUGAUGCUAUUCAUGUAGGAGCUGCAGCCCCGGUUGUGCCCCAGGCACUGAUAGACCAAUUAAAGCCUGGUGGAAGAUUGAUACUGCCCGUGGGCCCGGCAGGUGGCAACCAAAUGUUGGAGCAGUAUGACAAGUUCCAAGAUGGCAGCGUCAAAAUGAAACCGCUGAUGGGAGUGAUAUACGUGCCUUUAACAGACAAAGAGAAGCAGUGGUCCAGGACUUCAAGUACUAUGUUGAAUACAACUGACGUAUAUGAGUAUCCCUCCGAUGCUCCUGCUCUUACAGGAAAAGCUUUCAGCUUUUCACCGUUGAGUGUGAUGUUAGCUGGGGCUUGUUUAUGGCCUUUAUUAUGUUGAGGGACGAACUGUAAAAGCAACAUCAGCUUGACCAGUAUCUAAUAUUACAGUGGAUUGUUCAUCUCAGUCCUCAGAGCUUUUCGAAAACCAACAGCAUCACAGCUUGUUUUGGACUUUUCGUUACACUGUUAUUUUCAGCAUGAAAAUGUGUGGUUUUGUAGAGUUUCCAAUUCUUCAAAGAGGCACGGAAGCCACCUUGGUAGAAAGAGGCAAAGAUUUAGAUUUGUGUAUUCUUUAACACGCCCACAUUUUACUUUCAAAUGUUCAGAGAAGGGGUUCUGCAAAAAUGGAGACACGGGCUUGUGAAUUGAUUUUGAGGCGCGGCUUUUUCUUAGGCACUUAAUUGUUCGGGCGUGAACUUAAUCAGAUUGCGUUCGUGCACCCCCUAACACCACUAUUCACAAGUUCAGAUUUCUUGGAUGUGGAUGUCUCUAGAUGCUACUAAGAAAAUAGAGAUGAGCUUUCUUUUUAAAGCUUUUGAUGUGGUAUUAGAUAGACUAGCAUGUUGUAGAUACAAUCAGCCUCUUUGUUACCCUCAAACUAAGCGUUUGUAAAUAUUAAAUCUUUAGAUGACAGGUGAUGUCCCUUGAAACACUCUGCUGUUCAAAGGGACAGAACUGUCACGGUUUUCCCUUCCUCUGUUUAAAAAUUAUAGACACCGGUAGCUCAGUAUUAUUUUUUUUUUCCGCUCCUGUUCUCCAAUUUGCUGCUGAUUCUGUACAUGACUUUUAACAUGCUGUGUAAGCUGUGUCCUAGUUCCUGAACAGUUUAUGCAGUGCUGCUUUGCCAAAUAAAGUUAAAAGAUAAAGAGGCA